GGUAGAACCAUCAGGGCAGUAAGUGCUGAACAACAUCGCCUACUCGUUUCCAGAAUGUCUGACUCUACAACAAUCCUAUUCGUUCCAGGUGCAUGGCAUAGUCCGGAAUGCUUCAAUCUAGUUGUCCAGAAACUCGAGGCGGCCAACUACACCACGCAGAAGAUUCACCUACCUUCGGUCAACCCGCCCGAGCAUUACCUCGAUUUCGAAGCUGACGUCGCGCUGAUUCGUGCUCAGAUUGAAGACGCAAUUGGGGACGGCCGUCAGGUGCUGCUGGUCGUGCAUUCCUACGGGGGUCUGCCAGCGAACGAGGCGAUUCGGGGAUUGGACAGCAAGACCCGCCACGAGAAAGGGCUGAGAGGAGGGGUCUCCCGUCUGUUCUUCUGCUGCUCGUUUGUCAUCGCCGAGGGACAGUCCCUGAUCAGCGCUUUUGGCGGGGAUGAUCUCCCUUGGUUCAUGGUGUCGGAGGACCGACUCGAGGUCCGUCCAGCCACUCCGGACCAGGUAUUCUACAAUGACUGCGAUGAGCAACGAACUGCAAGCGCGGUAGCGGCUCUGAGACCCCACAGCUACCAGACUUUCCAUAGUCCCUGCACCUAUGCGGCGUGGAAGCGGGUCCCCUGUACCUAUCUAUAUUGUCUUCGAGAUGCGGCUAUCCCAAUCGCGGUGCAGAGGAUGAUGGUCGAGGGGACGGCGAAAGGCUAUGGGUUUGAGACAGAGACUCUUGAUGCGUCUCAUAGUCCGUUUUACAGUCAGCCUGAGGGCUUGAGUGCCGCGAUUCGACGUGCUGCUGGUGAAGAUCUUUGAUCGGCACCUGUUCUUUAUCUUUAGGUCAACCUGGCGAUCCAUUCAGAGAACAUGGCAAUGCUCACAUACUACUGAGGGUUGAUAGAGUCAUCUAGCUGUCCGUUUGCUCACUUGAUGACGAUCGCUCCUAGAGAUUCGGUGUGAAAUAUCACACAGCAGGACUGAAUGCAUUUCAACUGCCAAGUAAAAAGA